AUGUCACACUGUCGCCAGUUUUUCCUCUUACUCUGUUCGUUAUGUGCAACUAUCAACCAAACUUCUUCCAACGUCUAUUUACCAGGGUCCUUCGUCUUAAAACGUUACGACCAAACUGAAAUCCUACCAGAAGAGGACCGAAGAGAAAUCCUGCGAGACAUCAAAACUAUCUACGCUCCAGAGUACAGACCUUAUGUGAACGAAUCCAUGAACAAAUAUAUUAAUCAAGAAAAAAGAGAGGCCAGAUCUUAUAAUAUAUACGGCCAUGCUAGGAGAAACUACGUAAAAACAAGCAGAGAACACCAUACGAACACUUUCUUGUUGAAAAAGAAUCGAUUCGAGAGUAGGCAAGACGACGUAUGGGAAGAACCCAAAGCUAUAAUAUUAAACGACGAAGAUGAAAAGAAUAAGACCGUAUCAAACACGAAUGACUUGAAGAUACCCUUUAUAAACGACAGCUUCGUGGAGGAUCUGAAUUUAAAGGAGCUGCUCUACACAGAAAACUUUUUGAAUUUACUGUCAAAUAUAUCCAACAAGACGGAUAUAGACCUGCUAAAGGUAGUAACAGAGAUAUACAGGACGACAGAAGAAAGUGAAGAGAACAAAAAGGUGAACCUACUACAACAACCGUUUUCAUGGACGAAUAUCGAGACUACUGAAGACAUAAGGGCUGUGCAAGGUAAAACCAUGAAAAGUUACAUGAACCUUGAGGUCGACCCCUGCAUCGACUUCUAUGAGUACGCUUGCGGCAGCUGGAAGAAGAUCUAUACCAUCCCUCCCGACAGGGCUACCUACGAUACCUUUGAAAUGGUGCGCGAGAACCUGGAUUAUAUGCUAAAGAAUAUUCUGCACGGCAUCAUAGAACCACCCAUGAACUCUACAUACCCUUUCUCCACCAACUUCAUAGACAAGAGCUUCCACCCUAACGAUACGUCGGAUGCCACUAUCAAGGCGAAAAACUUCUACAAUUCCUGUAUGCGAGAAGACAUCCUCGCCAAAAGAGGCGACGAGCCUUUGAGAGAGAUACUGAAGCAGUUGGGAGGGUGGCCCAUUGUGGACCAGAAUUGGACGGAGGAUAAUUUUGACAUGGUUUGGUUGAUGGCUAGGUUGAGGUUGCUAAACAACGAUGUUCUAAUAGCCCAAUGGGUAGGACCUGACAUGAAGAAUUCGCACGAGUACAUCGUGCACCUAGAUCAAGCGGCACUAGGUCUACCAGCUAGAGAAUAUUACUUGGAAGAUGUCAACAUUAAAUACCUCAGAGCUUACAAAGUAUUUAUUCUUACAAUUGCACGACUGAUGGGUGCACAAUCACUAUCUUCAGAAAAGGACGUUGACGAUAUCAUCCAGUUCGAAGUGCAACUAGCUCAAAUCAUGGCUUCUUCGGAAGAAAGAAGAAAUAUUUCGGACGUUUACCUUAGAACGGAUUUGGCCGCGUUGUCGCUGUACUUCCCUCAAUUCGAUUGGAAACAUUAUUUUUCCGUAACUCUAGGAGACGACAUCGAUUUAAGGACGCCCGUAGCUUGCUACUGCGCUAGGUAUUUGCACGAAUUACUGUACCUGUUAAGCAAUACGGACCACAGAACCCUUCAGAAUUACUUGAUUUGGAGGUUUGUCAGACAUAGGACUAAUAACUUAGACCACAGAUUCACAGAGGCUAAGCAGAGAUUCUACUACAUAUUAUUCGGCAGAGAAAAGCCACCGCCCAGGUGGCAGUUCUGCAUAUUCGAAGUCAACUCCAACAUGGGGAUGGCUUUGGGAUCUUUGUUCGUGAGGAAAUACUUCGACCAGAGCAGCAAAACUGAUACAAUAAAAAUGACCAAGGAACUACAAGACGCUUUCAAGAAGACUCUUUCGGAAAACAGUUGGCUGGAUGAACACACGAAAGAUUACGCCAGAAUGAAACUGGAUUACAUGGACUUGAAAAUCGGAUACCCGGACUUUAUCCUUAACGAAUCAGAAUUGGCGGAGAGGUACUACGAUGUCCAGAUUCAUCCGGGCUACUUCUUCGAAAACAUCCUGACGGUACUGCGUCAUACCACGAGAGUAGAACAAAGAAGACUGGGGACGGAGGUGAACAAGACAAUGUGGAGCACUCCUCCAGCCGUAGUAAACGCGUAUUAUAGCAGGAAUAAGAACCAGAUCAUGUUUCCUGCGGGUAUGCUCCAGCCGCCUUUCUACAAUCGCCACUUCCCCAAAGCCCUAAACUUCGGCGGUAUCGGCGUGGUGAUCGGCCACGAGAUCACACACGGCUUCGACGACAAAGGCAGGCUCUUCGACCACGAGGGCAACCUGCAUAUGUGGUGGCGGGAAUCCUCCAUAGAGAAAUUCUACGAGAAAUCGCAAUGCCUGAUAGACCAGUACGACCAGUACGUAUUACCCGAGAUAAAAGUAGCUUUGGACGGUUAUCUGACUCAAGGAGAGAACAUCGCUGAUAAUGGAGGACUGAAACAGGCGUUCAGAGCGUACGAAGCUUGGCUGAAGAAGCAUCCCGAGGCGAAUGAAACGUUGCCAGGAUUAGAUCUGACGGGAAAACAAUUGUUUUUCUUGAAUUUCGCUCAGGUUUGGUGUGGCCAGCAAAGGAUAGAGGCCGCUGAAAGUCGGAUAAAGACGUCGGUCCAUUCUCCGGGAAUAUUUAGGGUUAUUGGAGCGUUAAGUAAUUCUCAGGAGUUUGCGAAAGCCUACGGGUGUCCCAAGAAUAGUCCGAUGAACCCGGAUUAUAAGUGCAUAAUAUGGUAG